AAGCGCAUGCGCAGUGGUUAAUCGUUUGAGCUGGGACAGCCGGGAAGUGGACGCUACGUGUGGGAGCAUAUACAAUAUCAUACAUUAUUAAAUUAAGGUACCGCAAGUAAUGCUGGGAAGUAUUAUUUUAAACCAUCGACAACAUGUUGGACUGCAGAAGCUCUCAGCGCUGGCAGGAAUCACACAUUCCUCUUUGGGCCCCAAUAAAAAGUACAAGUUUAUCCAAGAUGACACGAGUGGGGAGUCAGCUCUUGUUUGCUCGUGCUUACGCAUCUUUGAGAACCUGGAGCUAACCUGCGCGGUGGGUCACCUGGUUUAUGAGACUAUUCAAGCCCACCAGAAAGUCUAUCACACAGGGUCGGGAUGUCUGCUGUUUCUCGCAGGAGCGUGGAGUCGCGCUGCUUUGGAGUGCCUUCAGAGAGGAAUUUCAAUAGCACACAUCAUCUCGGCUAUGUCUGAAGGGAUGGCUAUAUGCUUGGAUGUUUGCAAGAAAAGCAGUGUCUCAAUUGAGGCUCUUGGUGUGGAGCAAUCAGAGAGCUGCACUUCAACGUCUCAUCGUUUUGGACAUCACCUGUCAAAGAAACCCACUGUGGAAGCUUCACAGGCAUUAGGCCACAUGCAAGAGACUACAAAAGUUGGUCACGAGACUCUAAACAGCAGUAGACAUAGGAAAAUAAAGUUUAGCAGACAUUUUUGUGAGGCCAAGUCUGAAAAUGUCUCCACCCUUCUGCAACCUAAUCAGCCUGACAUUGCACACAUUGCUGAGGGACUGAGUCACGGUUGUAUUGAUGCGAUGAAUUUAGUAGUCGAAGCCAGCCGAAUACAGUCAAAGAAUAAUCCACAGGGUAUCAGAUGUUCCACUUUUGAUGUCACUAAAGUGGUGACUUGUGUGAUACCUGGUUUACCAGAGGAACAUGCAUGUGUUUUACCAGGCUGCAUUGUUCUCUUAACUGCUGAACAGACAGCAGUUGCACAUCACUUAAAAGAGCAGCACUUGAAGGUUGCUCUUAUUAAUGGAGAUUUAUCACAUACCUAUCGCCAUCUUGGCUUUAAUAGGCCAACAGGAAUACAAUGUGUGAGUGACCAGUCGGACUUGUCAAGUUCCAGCAAAGAAGAAGAGUGGAUAGCAAAGGUUGUGACACUUCUGUUAAAGCUGGAAGUGAACCUGAUAUUAGUCAGUGGGCUUGUUAGUGAGAAAGUGAUUCUACGCUGUUGUAGACAUCAUAUACUUGUGGUGGAAAAAGUGAAGGCUUCAGUUUUGAAGGCAUUCGCUAAUACAACAGGAGCUGUUCCAGUGACUUAUGCUACACAGUUGAGUAAGCACUGUGUUGGCAUUGGGGUGAAGGUUGUGAUAUGGAGGGAUCUCAGCAGCCAUGAGAGGAAGCCAUCAGCAACUGUGAAUAUUUCUACUGGUGAGAACAGUGAAUUGGUCACAGUGAUCUUCACAAGCUGUGUUCAUGGCAAGCUGCAGGCCCUGGAGGAUCAGUUUUGGGCAUGUGCUUAUCGUUUACAUAACAUGCUGAAAGACAAAGUCCUCCUGCCGGGCGCUGGAGUGACGGAAAUGCUUUGUAUUCAUCGCCUUCAAGAGCGAGCAGAGCACCAUGUCCGUUAUCACAGAGAGAGGAACGGGGAGCAGCAAUUUAAAGCAGUAACAGCUAAUCCCUACAGGGGUAUAGUGUUGCAUCUCAUGGCAGAUGGCUUAAUAGAUUAUGUAUCCACUGUAAUGGUUAACACUGGAAGGAUGUCAAAAGUCAAAGCCAGGACUGCAGUGAGUCAACAACUCCAGGAAUAUAACGAUAUUGUAGGCAUUGAUGCAAAGUUCUCACAGCUUUUCUCAGCAGGUGAGCAAGAUGACAAUGGAGUUUUCUCAAGCAUAAAGUCCAGUGAAGCACCAUCAGUAAAAAUCUACGAUAAUCUGAGUGUGAAGCAGGAAGCAUGGAGGAAAGCCUUAGAUCUGGUUUUUCUGGUCUUACAGGCUGAUGCAGAGGUCAUCACAGGCAUUGACCAAAAACACAAUGAAAAUCUGAAGCUGUUAUGAUGAUAAUUGACUUCUGGAAGUUUUUUUUAUUAUUAUUUAGACAGCAGAAAUGUAUUUAAAAUGUGCUUUCUUUUUAUAAGUGGCAUGACGUUAAUGAUAGAAAAAAAGUGUUUUUAUAUUCUUUGUUUUGUUGUCAUCAAUAAAUAGCCAAAGGACAAUAUUUAAACAAUUCAUUUUAAUGAGGCAAUACUUCUUACUUGCCACCACUUGGGGGAGACAAACGAUUAUAUGACACUGUUGUCAGUCUGCUGCUUUUUCUGUAAACUGCUGCUCAUAAAUUGGUUCUGCAUUCUGAUAUUGCCAAUAAAUGGAGUGCAAAGGUGA